AGGGAGCGAGAGCGCAGGAACAGUGACAAAUCAGAAGAUGGAUACCAUUCUGAUGGUGACUAUGGAGAGCACGACUACAGGAAUGACAUUAAUGAUGAGAAAGAGAGCAAAACCAUCAUGUUACGUGGCCUUCCCAUCACGGUUACAGAGAACGAUAUUCGCGAGCUUAUUGAAUCCUUUGAAGGUCCUCAGCCUGCAGACGUGAGGCUGAUGAAGAGAAAGACAGGUGUAAGCCGUGGUUUCGCCUUCGUGGAGUUUUAUCACUUUCAAGAUGCUACCAGCUGGAUGGAAGCCAAUCAGAAAAAGCUGGUGAUUCAGGGGAAGCAGAUUGCGAUGCACUACAGCAACCCGAGGCCUAAAUUUGAGGACUGGCUUUGCAACAAGUGCUGCCUUUACAACUUCAGAAGGAGGCUAAAAUGCUUCCGCUGUGGAGCGGACAAAUUUGAUUCAGAACAGGAGGUACCACCUGGAGCAGCAGAAGCCGUUCAGUCUGUGGAUUAUUACUGUGAUACCAUCAUUCUCCGAAACAUUGCUCCUCACACAGUGGUGGAAUCCAUCAUGACUGCCUUGUCUCCAUACGCAUCUCUGGCAGUCAACAAUAUCCGUCUUAUCAAAGACAAGCAGACUCAGCAAAACAGAGGCUUUGCAUUUGUGCAGCUGUCUUCUGCCAUGGAUGCUUCUCAACUGCUGCAGAUUUUACAGAGUCUUCAGCCACCAUUAAAAAUUGAUGGCAAAACAAUUGGCGUUGACUUUGCAAAGAGUGCCAGAAAAGACUUGCUUCUCCCGGAUGGUAACAGAGUCAGCGCCUUCUCUGUGGCAAGUACAGCCAUUGCUGCAGCUCAGUGGUCCUCCACUCAGCCACAGACUGGAGAAGGCAGCACCCUUGACUAUAGCUACCUCCAGUCAGGACAGGAUGGCUACACACAGUAUGCUCAGUACUCCCAGGAUUAUCAGCAGUACUACCAAAAUCAAGGAGGAGUGUUGGACACCGACACGGCUACCAUAUCAGGAGCUCCAGUCACUACCACCACAGCUGCAGUUGUGUCCCAGAGUCCUCAGUUGUAUAAUCAACAGACAAACUCACCUGACUCUCCGACACAAUCAGCACCACCUACCACUAGCACUCAGGCCCAAACGGCUCCCCCGACUGGCGUAGUCCCUGGAACCAAGUACGCUGUACCUGACACUUCCACCUACCAAUAUGAUGAAUCUUCAGGAUAUUAUUAUGAUCCUAUAACAGGGCUCUACUAUGAUCCUAAUUCCCAGUAUUACUACAAUGCCUUAACCCAGCAGUAUCUUUACUGGGAUGGCGAAAAGGAGACCUACAUGCCUGCUGCGGAAGGUGUCACGUACCAACAAACAGCUACCACAACCACCACCAAAGAAGUGAAGGAGAAGAAAGAGAAGCCUAAAAGUAAAACAGCUCAACAGAUUGCUAAAGACAUGGAGCGCUGGGCAAAGAGCUUGAACAAGCAGAAGGAGAACUUCAAGAAUAGCUUCCAGCCACUGAGCACCAGGGAGGAGGAGCGGAAGGAGUCAGCGGCUGCAGAUGCAGGCUUUGCCCUCUUUGAGAAAAAGGGAGCUCUGUCUGAGAGACAGCAGAUCUUGCCAGAGGUGAUGAAGAACGGGGACGAUGAAAAUCCACUGAAGCGUGGCCUCGUGGCUGCCUACAGUGGUGAUAGCGAUAAUGAUGAGGACUUGCUGGAGAGAAUGGAGAAUGAGGAAGAGAAGCUGACUGACUGGAAGAAGAUGGCUUGUCUGCUAUGCAGAAGGCAGUUCCCAAACAAAGAUGCUCUGAUUCGGCACCAGCAGCUGUCUGACUUGCACAAGCAAAACAUGGAUAUCUAUAGGAGGUCAAAGCUUUCAGAGCAGGAACUUGAAGCCUUGGAGCUGCGUGAGAGAGAGAUGAAAUACAGAGACAGAGCGGCUGAGAGGCGGGAGAAGUAUGGCAUCCCGGAGCCCCCGGAGCCGAAGCGCAAGAAGGUCUAUGAUGCCGGCACAGUUAAUUACGAGCAGCCCACCAAAGAUGGCCUUGACAACAGUAACAUAGGCAACAAGAUGCUGCAGGCCAUGGGCUGGAGGGAAGGCUCGGGCUUGGGAAGAAAAUGUCAGGGCAUCACAGCGCCCAUUGAGGCCCAAGUACGAAUGAGAGGAGCUGGCUUGGGAGCCAAGGGCAGCUCCUACGGUGUCUCCACUGCAGAUUCAUACAAGGACGCGGUGCGGAAAGCCAUGUUCGCUCGCUUCACAGAGAUGGAGUAAUGCCCGCAAAGCACUUGUUAGCCAGAACUGACUGUUAAACUCUGUAGCCUUGGUGACCUGGCUGUAUUCUGGUUAUGGUUUAGAGUUGACCAUUUCAUUCCCUUGGAUUUUUUUCCCCUCUCGGCAUGUAACACUUCCAUGAGCAGAUUGUUGGAACUGCCCCAACUUCAUGCU